AUGAAUACGCAAGAAACGACGGCGAUUAGUCUUUUAAUGAAGAAUGUAAUAAAUACCAGUACAAGUACAGAACAAGAAAAUUUAAGUACUAGUGAAACAGAUUGGAAUAAUAGUAGUCAUUCAACCAGUAAUACAUCUUCAAGCAGCGAAGAAAAUGAUGAUAUCUUCUUUCCUCUAAUGAAAUAUUUAAUCAGUGGACGUAAAAGACAUCGGGUUGAACAUUACCUUCACGUUGUGGAUAAUUGGACAGAUUUAGAAUUUAAGGAGCACUUGCGAAUCAAUCGCAUUAUAGCAAUUCGAUUAAUAGAUGAAUUGCAUGAUAGUGGAUAUAUUCCUUCACAUUCAUUUGGAGUUAAACCGAUUGAAGCAAAACUCUGUUUUCUUGUAUUUUUGUGGCAUUUAGCGAACACAGAACCUCUACGAACAAUAUCAGAUAGAUUUGACAUCUCAAUUUCAUCCGUCUUUCGAGUAAUUCGUCGAGUGACAGCUUGGAUUUUAACAAAAUUAGAUGAUGUUAUCAAAUGGCCCGAAGGACAAUAUGCCGCAUAUGUUUGUCAAGAAUUUUAUGCUAAGAGAGGCAUUCCAAAUGUAAUAGGAACAAUUGACUGUACUCAUAUUAAAAUAGAGAAACCUAAUGUAGAAAAUGCAAGAGAUUAUUGUAAUCGGAAAAGAUACUUCUCUGUAAACCUACAAGCUGUUGUAGAUUCGAAUAUGAAAUUCACCAACAUAUAUUGUGGUCAGCCGGGUUCUCUCCAUGACGCACGAGUCCUGAGAAAAUCUCCAUUAUACAAUUCAGCUAAUGAGGAUAGAGAAGUAAUUUUUCCAAAUGGAAAAUUUAUAAUCGGGGAUUCUGCAUAUCCAUCAUUACAAUGGCUUGUUCCUCCUUUUCGUGAUAACGGUCACCUUGCUCCUCUUGAAACCGAAUUUAAUUUCAUACAUUCUUCAACGCGUAUGAUUGUAGAAAGAGCAUUUGGCUACCUGAAAGGACGUUUUCGACGAAUAAAAUUUUUUUCAGAAUAUCGCGAUUUACCGUUUGUUACAAAUACAAUUGUAGCUGCAUGUAUCUUACAUAAUUUAUGUUUAGAUUAUAACGAUGAAAAUUUCAAUUACGAUAAUGUGGAAAUUGAGGAACUAGACAAUAUUAAUAUGAAUGAUGAUCUUGACGAAAAUAUUAAUUGCGAACUUCAAGUAGAUCGAAGAAUGCAAAUAUUCAGGGAAAUAUUCGACCAGGAAUAA